AGUUAAGCACUUAACUUGUUUGUUUAUGGUUUUUGGAAACAAUAACUUUUAGCAAAAUGUCGUCACUAGAGACGUACGUGACGCGCAUUAAGCCCGCUAUAGAUGAGUUUUUAAAGAGUCCGGGCAAAAGUACACUAAGCAAAGUGGAAAAGGAAGUAAAGUCUUUUGAUUUUGGACAAAUGCGCAUAUUUCAAGUGCAGAUACUAGUGCCACUAGUCGUCAAGCUAGAUCAACUAAAGGAGGAAAGUCAGGAGCUACGGACCAGUCUAAUGUAUUGCUUGCAUCACAUCAUAUCCAAGAUCUACUUGACCGACGAAAAAGGACUGCGUUCAAUACUGGUGGUGGUCUUGCAGCAAGUGCAUGACUCCAAGCAAUCUAAGCUGCGUGAUGGUCUUUCGGAGGAAAUUAAGUUGGCGGCAGUGCUUUGUUUAACGGAAGCACUGCAGCGUUCAACUAGCGAUGUGCUGGAAGCUUUUUAUACAAAUGAAACUGUUAUGGUUAUUGGACAAAUACUGCUUACAGUGCUGGAUAUUAUAACGCAUGAAAAGUACCGGAAACUUGUUAUUGCCUCGUUGGAGUGCCUCCUUGUGCUAUUUUAUGUGCACGAUGAGGCCGAUGCAGCCGACGUGGUGCUGCGUAAUCAGGUGGCUAAUACUAUAUUCAUAUUUCUGCCCAAAGUGGUGACAGUGCUGUUUAAAACUGCUUUGGCGGAUGACAAAGUAGGACAGACUAUCAAAUCGCUGGCCAUUAAAGCGUUGGGUCGUAUUAGCUGCAUCAUGUUUGAGGAAACAACAGAUGAGUUCCUUAAAGCACGUUACGAUGCUAAUGCUUUCCAAGCGCUUAUUUACACUUGCACUGAGGAGCAGCCAAAUGACGCAAGCUUUUUCAGCAGUAAGCGUUUGAAUCUCGAAGAAAACGAAGAACGUCUAAGGCAGCUCCAAACUAAUCCACGCUCCACAGAGUGGAUAUCGGCUACUGCAAAACGAAUGAGCACUAUUUUCACAGAGACUUGCAUUUUGCGUGCACAUAGCGAAGUCGUAGUGCGUCAAGCUUACGCGGAUAUGUGUUGUCUGUUGCUGAGAAAAUGCGCGAAUAAUCUUAAGCAUAACUUUCUACACUUGUUAGAGAGCGUGUUGGCAUUAACAGAGGACGAGGAGCCGUAUAUAUCGCUGUUGUGUCAAACAACGCUUGCUGAAUUGCAGACGCAUUCCACUUGUGCUGGCAUCUUUGAUGACAAUGCGGAGCAGCUGCUGGACACGCAUCUCAACAAAUGGACACAUAUCUUGCAUCGCUGCGAGGAUAGCGAACAAUUUGCCGAGUUACUAUUUUUUAAAGGAUUCUUGCGUAAUGUAAGCGCCAAUAAGUUGCAACUACUGCUGCUGGUGCCCCGGAAUCUGGAUUUAUUUGUUAUGUGCCUGUUAACAACGCUGGAUCAGCGUAUAACACGUGAGUUGCUAAAUGAAGAAUAUGCUUUGCGGCAGCUUCAUCAAGGCAAGCCAAAGGACUUACUUGCACAAUAUAGAACGUUACCAUGGCGCCAGUUUAAGUACUUAAGCUCAGAGCGGUGCGUGAGGACGUUGUACGAUAUUGGUGCACUAUUGGGUGCUGAGCCGGCAUACAAUCGUAUCAUAUUUGAGCAUUGCCAGCAGUUGAUAGAGCAGCGUAAUGUGGCUAUGAAUGAGGCAAUUAUAUUAAUGACACUGCUGGUAACAUCCGAGGUGAGGCAGGUGCGUGAGAGUAGACUGAUCCUAGCGGAACUUUUGGUCCAACAGUUGCUUGCUGAGCAGCAUUGGCAUUUGGCACUUCAGCCGGAUGCAGCUUGGCGUUUGAAGGCCAAUAAGCCCACCGCUUGGUUCGAGCAGCACACACCUGGCUUAUACUCAUCCGCCGUCGAGGUACGCAUGCAGGAUUGUGACUCAGAUGACGAUAGUGAUCCCGUCAAUAGUCGCAUUACCGUUGCAGAUGCUCAAUACAAUGUAUUGCAUACUUGUCUAGUUUUGGAUGCACUUGGUCAUUGUGCCAGGUUCAUAGGCGACACUUUCGAUCGUCAUAUAUUUCACAGCCUGCAUAAAGUUCUGCUGAAGUUGGCUCACAGCAAUACUUUGGUGCACCAAGCAGCGGAAUUUGCCUUUUUGUCCAUGCAAUUGGCCCUGAAGUACGCAGAGCCUUCCCAUUUCAUAGAAUGCUCCACAGACUACAUAACAUUCCAUUUAAACUCGUUGCUAAAGCGUGCACCUGAUAGUCCUGCUGCCGUGGAUAUUCUGACUGUGGUGCUGCAAUAUAGCACGCGUGGCAAUGUGCCGCAUCUGGAGAGCAUAUUUCAAACCAUUUGCGAGGAGUGUGCCAAGUUGCAUCAGACUGAGAAUGUGCAUUCCUAUCUGCGAGUUUUUAAUGCAUUUUUAAGCCAUGUCAGCAACUGGCAACAGGCUACUGCUGCUGAAUUGGCAGACAUCGAAAUGCAAUCGGCUGAAGCUUCAGACAUUUUACAAACUUGGCUUAAUGUGCUGAAUUCACCGCUUGAAAAGCCUGUUGAGUUGGCUAGCGGUUCAACCACAGAACCCGAUGUUCAAAUGCACGCUGCAGAUGAGGAAGAGGACGCACUGCCUGAGCCGGAACCAACGAAGCCCAUUUUGCCGCGUCACAUUGAGCUUACUAAAGAAAUUUUAACUCAGGUGAUAAAGUUUUUGCCCAACUCGGAGCAAACCCAACAGAUUCUGGCAUUGGAAUGUCUGGCCACAGGCUUUCCACUGCUUGCCGACUAUGAGAAUGAGCUGCUGCCCUUGGUGCAUCUGGUAUGGCAGCCAUUGGUUGAAAAGUUUCGCCAAAAGGAUGCGCCCGUGCUGGGCCGCUGCUUCAGCUUGCUGCACAUACUCGGAAUACAUGCCAAGGAUUUUAUUUUAAAGCGCAGUCUUAGCGAUGUGGUGCCACAACUCAAGCAGUUCUUGCGAGCAGCCAGUGCUCAUAGCUGCACUGAAAGUUCCUUAACACCAACGCAGGAACACAAACUGCAGUUAAAGCUGCUGCAGAGCUUGGCUCCAUUUAUACGUAGUCUGCAGAUUGAGGGCAAACCUCUGCACGAGUUACUUAACGUUUUGGCGCUGUACUUAUCCCAGGCUCAACCUAAGGAAAUGCAGACAUUAGCUGUCAAACUUUAUCAAGACCUAGUUAGCUACAACGGUCCAUUUGUAUAUGUAACGCUGCUGCAGCGUGCGCAUCUUAAUGAUUAUAAAACAAAUAUAUCUGAGAUUUUCACCAGCAUGGGCUUCAGCAGCUCAUAGUUUGUUGAACAAUAAAAA